AUGGUGCUCAUCAGUGCUUGGCUGAACACUAGCAAGGAUGCAGUUACUUCGAAUCAGCAAAAAGGCAAUACCUUUUCGUCACGCAUUGCAAAAUAUUAUGCUGAUAGUCCUAAGCUAGCUGGUAUAGAUAAGAGAGAGCCCCUUCACUGUAAGGGAAGGUGGCAGAAGAUCAACGAUCAUGUUAGCAAGUUUGUUGGGAGCUAUCAUGCGGCAACAAAAGAGAGGUCAAGUGGCCAGAGUGAAGAUGAUGUCAUGAAAAUGGCUUACCAGAUAUUCGCCAACGAUUACAAGAUAAAGUUCACUCUUGAGCAUGCUUGGAGGGAGCUUCGACAUGAGCAGAAAUGGUGUCUCUCUUAUGCCACGAAAGGUGAUGGAUCAUCAAAGAGAAGAAAGUUUGAUGAUCAGACUUCAAGCUCCGUGCCAGUUAUGGGCGCUGAGGAGGAUGAAGCUUGA